ACAAGUUGUUUGUUUCUCGUGUUGGAGCCUGUUUGUGUCAUUUGAGUCAGUUCCGCCGAAAUGUCUGUACUUGCCUAUAACGGUGGGGCGAUUAUCGCAAUGAAAGGUAAAGACUGUGUAGCUAUAGCAUCUGAUAAAAGAUUUGGAAUUCAAGCUCAGACAGUGUCAACCGACUUCAAGAAGAUAUUUGAAAUGGGACCACAUUUAUAUAUGGCUUUGCCAGGUUUAGCUUCCGACACGCAAACCGUGCAUCAGAAGCUGAAGUUUCGCCUUAACCUCUACGAGCUGAAAGAAAACAGGAAUAUCCACCCUAAAACAUUUGCAGCAAUGGUUUCGAAUUUACUUUAUGAGAAAAGAUUUGGACCUUUCUUUGUCGAACCGGUAAUUGCGGGUUUAGAUCCUAAAACGUUUGAGCCAUUUGUUUGUAACAUGGACCUCAUAGGUUGCCAAAAUAUCCCAGAAGAUUUUGUAGUCGGUGGAACUUGUACUGAACAACUCUAUGGAAUGUGUGAAGCUCUGUGGCGACCAGACCUAGGUCCGGAUGAGCUCUUCGAAGCCAUAUCGCAAGCACUGUUGAAUGCUGUUGACAGAGAUGCAAUUUCCGGAUGGGGAGCAGUUGUGUACAUCAUUGAAAAAAACAAAGUCACCGGGAUGUAGAUGAAG